AUGUCAUCGGAAGAGGAGUUCCAUACAGCGCAAUCAGAUGAAGAGAUAGCAGAUUCACAAGAUUCAGAUCCAAUUACUGGCUCUCCUACGAAAAAAAAUCAGAUUAUAAAUUUCGAAGAUGACAAGUUUUUAGAUUCUUCAUCUGAUCUUAGUUCGAGUAACGAAACUGAUCUCGAUUCAGAUUUAGAACUAGCCGUUUUAAAACCUAAAUCUAAGAAAUUCAGGCCAAAUGAUGCUGAUUAUAGGUCAAAAAGUGAUGUCGACACUAAAAAUGAAUUUAUCACGGUUAAACAAUUUGACUUGGGGGGAUCAUUCGAUUCUACUAUAAAUGAACAACAUAGUAAGCUUCAGAGGGCCAGUUCAUUACUCAAAAUUUCCCCUGGGAGAGGAAAACAGGCAAUUCAAACCACUUCAAAGCAAGAAGUCGAUACAAUUAGGAAGAAGUUGUUUGAAUGCGUCAAAAAUAAGAAUGUAACUGAUAAUAUUGUGGAAAUUAUUGCUAGUGAACACAUAUCAGAUAGAUACAAAGAUUGGUUUUUCAUUACCGCCAACUGUAAUAAUGAUAAUAGUUAUUUCCCAACGCAUUACUCAAACAUCAACGAUCUUAUGAGGUCGUUUGGAGUAGAGGAAGGGAAAUUAGAGGCGAACAUGCGAUUUCAUGAUGACGAUAUAAGCCAGUUUGAUUCUUUUGCGUGGAUUCUACCCAUUGAAGAGAUGAUAGCUAGAUUUGAUUCAUUUUUGAAGAAAAAUUCUCUGAGCCCUGAAAACUUUGCCCACGUUGUUAAAAUAUUCAUCUGCUUUAUUCUAGAUAGGAAUGUGUUUUGUUCCAACGAGUUUCUCCUAAAAAAUUGGUGCAAUAGGGUUUAUUUCAGAUUAAUAUUAAAAAAAUUUUUAGAUAAUGAUAAUAAUGCAUUCAUUAAAAUUUACAACUCUCUAUUUGACCUACAAAAGAAACGAUACUUCCUACUUUAUAGAUUGACAAGAUUAUUACCACAUUUGAAGAACUUUUUUGUUUACUCAAUGUUCAAACAUGAUGUGAAUGAGAUAAUUAAUGAAUUUAACAAUUUGUUUGACUCCAAACGAUACACAAAGAACUUCUAUUAUUUUUUGCUAUUUGUAUAUGGGUCAGAUCGUUUACCUUACGGGGUUACCAGAGCCACGACAUAUUUCAAAGACUGCAUUUCUGACAUGAGCAAUAAUUCAGCCGGUGAAGUUGAAUUAUCUUUGCUGAAUGGAUUAUUAAACAUGUUUAUUAAAUUCAAUACAGGGGAAACCAAAAAUGGAAAUGCAGGUAGAAACUGUGAAGCAAACGCAGAUAUGAGUUAUGAUUUUAUCUAA